GAGGUUGCACUGAUUGAACGGACGACCAAGCUUCCACGACAGUCGCGAAUCAGCUUGGUUAGCACGGUGGCUGUCAAUUUUGGUGAUCAAGUGAAGGAUAUUGGUAUGGUGAUACCGGAGCAUCGGGAGUUACUUCGCCAAUAUUGGAGCGAAGAGAGAGAGGAUUUCGAUGAUGAAGUCUGAGCCUAAGGCUUUUGUCACAAGACCUACUUGUAAUAUAGUGACAUGUGACUGCAGGUAUACUUCAUAGAGGCAACGAAUCUCAGAAGCUGAAUCCAUGUCAUCACGAUUUCAGGUCAGCUUUGUAGAAUCGGGAUAUUCUACAACCCGUAGAUCUGUGGUUGUAUCUGCUCCGACGAGAAAAGAAUUCGUUUACGCAUGUGGCAUCUCGACGUAUUCUGGUCGCGCUACGCUAAAGAAUGGCUGUAGUCCUGAAGACCAUGCUAUGGUAUACUUCAGUGGCACAUCACCAGUCUGUUCGCUGCAUGAAAGGCAGCGUGGACUGCCAGCUGAUGCCAUCGAAGUUUGUCCCGCCGAAAGCGGAAUGACUAUGAAUUCAGAGUCUCGCAUCAAUUUCGGCAAGACCGUUGCUAUCGAAAGGAACAUCAAAGUUAAAGAUAUUGGUCAGGUUGUCAGCGAGGACAUGAGCGUGCUUGUGAGCUUCUGGAAGGCCGCAAACUUCGGUGAUGAUAAUUGAGCUCUGUCGCCCAGAUACGUUUUUUUAAUAGGUCCGUUUACGUUUUUGCUUCAGCAGUACCUGUUGCUUAGCUUGUGUUCCAUAUCCGGUCAUCGUUACAUUCCAGGUACUAUUGGCCGAUGUGACCUUC